GUGGGUGCGCGCGCGCGCGGUCCUGCUUCGCUUCCUCCUCGCGGGUCGCCAUGGCGCUGUCGCGCGCCCAGCGUUGCCUGGUGCUCCUCCUGCGCUUCCUGUCUCGGCUCCACCUGGCCCUCAUCGGCCUGGUGGCGGGCGCCCCGUUCCGGGUCUCCCUCGCCGCCUCGCCCUCGCCUUCCUCCUUGCUUUCCCUUUUCUCUUCCGGGAAGGCGGCGGCGGCGGUCGUGGCCGCUCUGCCCGCCCCCCGGAAAGCCGCCCGGGCCGUCCCGCCGCCUGAGCACCCGCUCCUGCUCCUCUCCGCCACCGAGCUGGCCCGGCGAAUCCGCCGCCGGAAAGUAACGUGUGUUGAUGUGACCGAAACGUACAUUGCGAGGAUCAAACAAGUCAACCCACUGAUCAACGCUGUUGUUAAAGACAGGUUUGAAGCAGCUCUUCAGGAGGCUCAUCAAGUGGACAAGCUGCUCUCUGAGUGCCAUGACGAUGAAGAGGCGCUGCAGGAAAAGUUCCCCUUCCUGGGGGUCCCUGUCACUGUCAAAGAGGCCUUUGAGUUGCAGGGGCUGCCCAAUACCUCUGGCCUGGUAAACCGCCGCAACAUCAUCUCCAGGUCAGACGCUGUUGUUGUCUCGCGCUUAAAGCAAGCCGGUGCUAUUCCGCUGGGGGUGACCAACUGCAGCGAGCUAUGCAUGUGGUUUGAGUCGAGCAAUCGUGUUUAUGGCCGAAGCAACAACCCAUAUGACCUUCAGUGCAUCGUAGGAGGCAGCUCGGGAGGAGAAGGCUCUAUUCUGGGAGCGGCGGGCUCUGUGAUCGGGGUAGGCUCAGACGUUGGGGGCAGCAUCCGCAUGCCUGCUUUCUUCAAUGGAAUCUUUGGACAUAAACCCACCACAGGUGUGGUUCCCUGUGAAGGCCAAUUCCCUAAUGCUGUCGGCAUCCGGAAAAACUUCCUGUGCACUGGCCCCAUGUGUCGUUAUGCAGAAGACCUAGAACCCAUGUUGAGGGUCAUGGCUGGACCGAAUGUCGCCAAGUUGAAUCUGGACGAGGAGGUGUCCCUGGGCGAUAUAAAAUUCUAUUCUAUGGAGCAUGAUGGAGGUAGUAUUUUUGUCUCCCCAGUGGAUCCGGAGCUUCUUCAGGCACAUCGGAAGGUAGUGAAGCACCUGGAGACAGACCUGGCAGCUCAAGUGCAGAACGUCACAAUUCACAAUAUGAAGUAUUCCUUUGAAAUUUGGUCUGUCAUGAUGUCUGCCCAAACCAGUGACGGCCAGGAAACACAGGCAUUCACAGACUUGCUGGGGGACCACGGAAAGCCGGUGUGGCCAUCCUGGGAGCUGGUGAAGUGGACGUUGGGAAUGUCUUCACACACCCUUCCAGCCAUUGCUCUAGGAAUAACUGAGAAGUUUCUGAAAUAUACUCCAAAGCAGAAUGCAAAGCUAGCAGCCAAGGCACAGAAGCUUCAGGCUGAGAUGGUGAAUUUACUGGGGAAUGAUGGUGUUCUCUUAUACCCGUCUCAUCCUGUCGUAGCUCCAAAGCAUCAUACUCCCUUGGCAAUGCCUUUUAAUUUUGCCUACACAGCGAUCUUCAACAUUCUGGGCUUACCUGUGACCCAGUGUCCACUGGGCUUGAACAAGGAUGGCCUCCCGCUGGGCAUCCAGGUGGUGGCUGGACCUCACAGUGACCGCUUGACGCUGGCGGUGGCACGAUACUUGGAGAAGGCCUUCGGAGGCUGGGUUUGCCCGGGCACCUCUUAGCGCCUCUUCCUUGGGAUCGGGGACUGCCAGAACCUGAAGACCCUCCUACUUGCAACGGCAUCUCAAGUUGUCAAGAGCUCUGAUUUGGCUUUCCUUGCAAUCUGAGGAGGCUUAAAUAACACCAUGAACCUACCCUCCAUGUUCUAUGUUUCCUCCUCUUAAGCAGGCGGCCAGUGGGGAGCGGUGUGUGUUUAGUUGCACUUUUUUCUCCACACCCUCAUUCUUAUCAGACAGUAACCAUGAGAAGCUUGGCCGGGACGAUAUUGUCUUUUUUUUCUCUCUCAGGGAAAUUCGACUUGGGCAAUCAUUGCUUUUGACUCAGGACAAUCUGAUUGUGAACUGGGGAAAGAAAUCAUGUAUGUUUUUAGUCUUGACGAUGGGCCUUGGUUGGACAAACUUCUUCUUAAGAACCUUGCUGCCAUUAUUUAGCUUUUAAUACCACACCAGAUCCAAGGACAGCAGGGAGAGACUUAUUCCUCGCUCAGUAGUUUUCUGGGAGGCUUUCCCUGGCAUCUCACCACUUGGGCAGAAUACUGAGAACAGUACGAGAGAGAGAGAGAUUGAUCCCUCUUGCAGUCUCACCCUUUCAUGGACUCCUGUUAUAGCUGGGGUUGGUCUUUCCAUGCUCUGACAUUUGAUUUGGCUGAUGGUGUGAGAUUCAUAGCCCACUUGUUCACAACCUGUGGUUUUCUUAGAUGUUCUGGACUUCAUCUCUCAUAAUCUGACCACUUGUGGAGGUUUCAAACAUUGGAGGACCACAGGUCGGGAACCACUGGGGUAGAUUCUCAUUUUUCUUAUCGGAUGGCACAUUGGGAAAAUCAGGGACAGCAGUUCAUAAGGAAGGAUGAAUCAAGUAUUUCCACCUGUAUACCUUCUUCCUCUGCCCUGGGUAGACGAGGGGCAGGUUUCUCUUGCGCUGUGAGGCCCAGUCUCUGCGAGGGGAAGGCCUUUUACCCUUUACUGCUGCUCAUCAAUCCUUACUACAUUCCAUAAUCACCCACUUGACCAGGUGCAUGGAAACAUGGGGAGCAUCAGCCAUGUCUCAUGAGCUAAUUAAAAUGAAAUGUAUGUUCUUGCGCUGCUGUGUAAAAAGAACAUUAUAGAUUAUGUGCUGUG